AUGCCUCGCAAAGUCGCCAUCGUCACCGGCGCCUCAUCCGGCAUGGGCGCCGCCCUCUCCCAAGCCCUCGUCAACGCAGGCUACCACGUCGCCAUGGCCGACAUAACUCCCAACGCGACCCUCCUCUCGACCCUCCAACCCCACGCAACCUUCCACCGUACCGACGUAUCCUCCUACGCCUCACAAGCCGCAACCUUCCUCGCCGUGCACGAAACCCACGGCCGCAUCGACGCCCUCUGCGCCAACGCCGGGAUCGUCGACCGCUCGUCCCUCUACCUCCUGCAGAAUCACAACGCCAAGGUGGAAGAUAUCCCUCGAGAGCCGGAUCUGGCCUGCACGGAUAUCGACUACAAGGGCGUGGUGUAUGGGACGCAGCUCGCGGUCCAUUUCAUGCGGCAUAAUCCUGUUCCUGGAGGCGCUAUUGUCGCGACGGCGAGUAUUGCUGCUGUGCAUCCGCAUCCGUCGUAUCCGGAGUAUAAUGGGGCGAAGGCCGCGGUGUUGAAUUUCAUGAGGGGCGUGAAGGAGGUGUUGUGGUCGAAGGAGGGGAUUCGGAUGAAUUGUGUUUUGCCGGGGAUUGUGGAGACGGGGAUUAUUCCGAGGGAGAUGGUGGAGGCUGUUAAUGAGGAGUGUAUGACGCCCAUGAAAACGGUCACAGAUGCUUACGUGCGUCUUCUCGAGGACCCGUCCAUCUACGGCGAAGCGAUCGAAUGCUCAGCGAAGAGCCAUUUCUUUUUCCCAGAGCCGGAGAUGUCGAAUGGGGGAAUCACGCGAAGGGCGGUCACAGUCUGGGAACCGCUGUUCAAGAUGCUGCACGGUGAAUAUUCGGAGUUACCUGAUGCGAUAGCCUAG